AUGUCGCGCAAGAAGGCGGCUCGCAGCAAGGGCGGCGGUGCCGCGCCCUCCGCCGCGCUGCCCCCCGCCGCACAGGGCACCGGCCGCGCCGCCGCCGCCCCCCGGGGGAGCUCCGCCGCCGCCGCCGCCCCCGAGCUGCCCCGCAACGGCGGAGCGGCGGCGGCAGGGCGGCCCUCGCUGAGCAGCAGCGGGGAGUUCUACGAUCUCGCCUUCAAGGUGAUGCUGGUGGGCGACUCGGGGGUGGGCAAGACCUGCCUGCUGGUGCGCUUCAAGGACGGCGCCUUCCUCGCCGGCAGCUUCAUCUCCACGGUGGGAAUCGACUUCAGGAACAAGGUGCUGACGGUGGAUGGGGUGAAGGUGAAGCUGCAGAUCUGGGACACGGCCGGGCAGGAGCGCUUCCGCAGUGUCACCCACGCCUACUACCGGGAUGCCCACGCCCUGCUCCUGCUCUACGAUGUCACCAACAAAGCGUCCUUUGACAACAUCCAGGCUUGGCUGACAGAGAUCCAUGAAUACGCACAGCAGGACGUGGUCCUCAUGUUACUGGGAAACAAGGUGGAUUCCGCCCAGGACAGAGUGGUGAAAAGGGAAGAUGGAGAGAAACUUGCCAAGGAGUACGGAGUGCCCUUCAUGGAGACCAGCGCCAAGAGCGGCCUCAACGUGGAAUUAGCGUUCACAGCCAUCGCAAAGGAGCUGAAGCACAGGUCCAUGAAGCUGCCCAACGAGCCCAAAUUCAAGCUCCACGACUACGUGAAGAAGGAAGUGCGAGGCUCGGGCUGCUGCAGGUCCUAACGCGCGUGUGUACAGAGACUGGGGCCCGCGGGCAGUGUGUGCAUGUCCGUCUGUCGUGUCUGUGUCUGCCCCUAAGGCCAGCUGACACCAGGGCACGGGAGCAGCAGGAAAAGCUCUCAGAUUCUGCAGCCCCGUCGCGCCCAUCGGUUCCGGCUCCCCUCGCCAGCGUUCCUGCCCAGCUCGCAGGUGGGAAGUGGGUGUUUGGGAAGGGGCUGGGGUCUCCCUCUGUGCCUGCUCUGUGAGGCUGCUGAACCCUUUGUGACACAGGGGAACCAACACCUCCUCCCCACCUAGGAGGAAGAAAUGUCCUGAAUUCCCUUUUCAUUCCCUUUGUACCUGAAAUUCAGCUGAGAGCCCUGGCCUGGGGCGUGCAGGAAAAGUGUGUUUGAAGGCAGCCAGUUUUGUAGUUGCUUUCUCCUGUCUGACCAUCCCUGUGAGGUGGGACAUGUUUCCACAGUGAGGGAUUCUCCUGCUCCCUGCAAAGGCAGAGCUUGGCUGUCUGAGUGAGCUCCUGCACACCUGGCAGUGUACAGAGAUUUCUGAACGUUCAUCCCUCCGGGAAAGGCUCCGCUUCUCCUUCCGCCCUUUCUAGUACUUUGAGAAGAAACCUAAUGUAUUGCAGCUUAUUCUAAAUACCUUCCUGUAAGUGUGAUGGUGUUUUCAGACUGCAACAACGCUUUGAUAUCUUCAAAGUUCUCUUGGGCAGCUCUUUUCUUUUCACCACAGAGAGCCAGGGGGAAGCUGCAGGCAGUGAUUUUAAAGGCUGCAGACUCCUGCCAGCUCUCUUCAAGGGCCUCCUCACCCCUUUGGUCUGUGUCAGGCUUUUGGCUGUUUUUUUGUCAAGCUGCACUUCUCAGUACAAAUUUGAAUCUGGAUGAAGUGUUUGGCCUUUGGCAAUUUUUCCCUUUGAAAACUCCACGCACACAUCAGCAGGUGCCCGCUGCGCCGAGAGCCUCGGUGGCUUCUCCAAAUGAAAUAGAAUAGCCCAUCCUCUGCCCUCCAGCCAGCACCAGCCCCCCAGCUGCCGACUCAGAUGCCCCCCCCCUCAUUUUUCCUGGGAUUUUGGCUCCAGCACUGCCUUCCUGAUGGGCACAAGGAGCCUCUGCAGCUCCCACGUGCUCCGAGCUUCCCUCCUCAGGGAGCCACCGCAGUACAAGCAGCUCCAGCUUCACAGGGUGAAAAAAGAUCUCAAAAUGGACUUGGUUUUUCCCUUAAAUAGUAUUUUAGGGGAGAGACGAGUCUUAAAACUGUCUGAUUUAAAUCUUAGAAUCACUUGCAGAAAACCCAUUCCUGCAGGAUCGUUUGCAUUCCUGGCAAACCCUGCUGCCAGUCCCACAGGAGCAGCCAGGUGAGCUGUGAUGGGGGGCCUUGCCAGGGCCCCCUCGCCCCAGUAAUGUGGUUUUGUGUGGGGUAGGACCAGCCUGGCAGAGGCAGGGAACAGCCAGGCAGCUCCAUGACUGUUUCCUCAUCCUGCUCUUGGACUAGGAGUCUCCCCAAAGGCAAAGUUUAGGAUUCCUAAUGGAUUAGUCAGGUUGCUACCAUCCCUUUCCCUCAGCCUGGCAUCUGUCCAGGUUACAAAGCUGACAACUGCCCAAUUCUUGCUUGGCGUGGGUCUAAAACCAGUAAAAGCUCCUUUAAAUGCAGAUGAAGAUGUUUCCCUUUGGAGCACUCCCAGCCUGCCUGUGGGGAACAGACUCUGCUAGAGCAGAGGCCUCACAGCCACGGUUGUGGUUCAGACCUAAACUUCGAGCAGGCUCAGCCCCAGUCACCCGUUCCCAGUGUGGGACUGGUUUCCCAGUGCCUGCACAACUGGCCUGGCCCCAAAGCUCCUCCUCACGGUCAUUUGGGAUUUUUCCACGGGCCUUUGCUGCCACCACGCGGAAUUGCUCAGCGCAGCGUUAAUUACUCGAGUUAACUGCUCAGUGCACUCAGCCAUGUGCGAGGACUCUGCCUCACCUGCAACAUCCCAUUUCUGCUGGCUCUUGUUUACAGCUUUUGGUUCAUUCCUGAUAAUAAAGUUUUUUAAUAAUC